UCACAUUUAUUAAUGAAUGUCGAUUAGCAUUGUACAAAAGCACAAACUUUUCAUCGUCAAGCACAUUGCUGAAAUAUCCGAAGAGGAUCGCUUCCCGGACUCUGAAGAUUCUCCAUGAUGCCAACUCAAGUGGAUUGAUUGACUGAGUCAUUUAGCUAGGCCAGGCUGACUUGAGCAGAUUGACCACAGACCGACUCAAGUGUUAUCGACGAUGUGUCAAAUUCUGGCCAGCGGACUGGACGCAGCCCGAAGGCAUGUAAGCCCGACUGAUGGGCUUGCUACUUAAGGCCUAUGCUAGGCCUCGUUUGGUUGAUGGAUUGGAAAAGAAUGAUGUUGCUACUGCAAUUCUGAAGACCAAGUCUCGUCCAAACAGGUUAAUAGUGGAAGAAGCAGUCAAUGAUGACAACUCUGUCGUCUGCCUUUCACAGGCCAAGAUGGAUGAGCUGCAGUUAUUUCGAGGUGAUAAAGUCCUGCUGAAGGGCAAAAAGGGGAGAGAUACAGUUUGCAAUGUCCUCUCGGAUGAUACCAUCUCUGAUAGAAAGAUCAGGAUCAACCGUGUCAUCAGGAACAAUCUCAGAGUUCGUCUCGGUGACAUAAUCAGUGUACAAGGUUGUCCAGAUGUAAAGUAUAGUAAAAGAAUUCAUGUUCUCCCUAUUGAUGACACAGUUGAGGGAAUCACAGGGAACUUGUUUGAGGUGUACUUAAAGCCGUACUUCUUGGAAGCCUACAGACCGGUGCGAAAGGGGGACAUAUUUAUGAUUCGUGGAGGUAUGAGAGCUGUUGAGUUCAAGGUAAUGGAGACCGAUCCAAGUCCAUACUGCAUUGUAGCCCCGGACACUGUCAUUCAUUCAGAUGGAGAAUUCAUUAAAAGAGAGAAGGAUGAAGAGUCGCUUAAUAUGAUUGGAUACGAUGAUAUUGGUGGAGUCCGCAAGCAGCUAGCUCAAAUCAAAGAGAUGGUGGAGCUGCCGUUGCGUCAUCCUCAACUAUUCAAAGCCAUUGGAGUGAAGCCCCCAAGAGGAAUCCUUCUGUAUGGACCGCCUGGUGUUGGCAAGACCUCGAUUGCUAGAGCUGUGGCUAAUGAAACAGGAGCAUUCUUUUUCUUGAUUAAUGGGCCUGAGAUUAUGAGUAAACUUGCUGGAGAUUCAGUCUCCAACCUAAGGAAAGCCUUUGAGGAAGCAGAAAAGAACGCACCAGCAAUUAUCUUCAUAGACGAGUUGGACGUCAUUGCUCCAAAAAGCGAAGAGCAGACACAUGGUGAGGAUGAAAGACGAAUUGUAUCACAGUUGCUGACUUUGAUGGAUGGAUUAAAACAAAGAGCUGAUGUCAUCGUCAUGGCAGCAACAAAUAGACCAAACAGUAUUGAUCCUGCCCUUCGUCGUUUUGGUCGAUUUGAUCGUGAAGUGGACAUUGGAAUCCCAGAUGCUACUGGUCGACUUGAGAUUCUCCGUAUUCAUACCAAGAACAUGAAACUGCAUGAUGAUGUUGAUUUGGAACAGGUUGGAAAUGAAACUCAUGGACAUGUCGGAGCUGAUCUUGCAGCUUUGUGCUCAGAGGCUGCCUUGCAGCAGAUCCGUAACAAGAUGGAUCUCAUCGACCUCGAAGAUGAACAAAUUGAUGCUCAAGUUAUGGACUCUCUUGCUGUGACUAUGGAUGAUUUCAGGUUCGCCCUUAGCAAGAGCAGCCCAAGUGCCCUGCGUGAAACAGUUGUGGAGGUUCCAACUGUCACCUGGCAAGAUAUCGGUGGUCUGGAUAACGUGAAACGAGAGUUGCAAGAGCUGGUACAAUACCCUGUUGAACAUCCAGACAAGUUCCUCAAAUUCGGAAUGACGCCAAGCAAAGGUGUGCUCUUCUACGGUCCACCCGGUUGCGGUAAAACGCUUCUCGCCAAGGCCAUUGCCAACGAGUGUCAAGCUAACUUCAUCUCAAUCAAGGGGCCUGAGCUUUUGACCAUGUGGUUCGGAGAGUCAGAAGCUAAUGUUAGAGAUGUUUUCGAUAAGGCAAGACAAGCAGCUCCUUGUGUUCUAUUCUUCGAUCAGUUAGACUCGAUUGCUAAGUCUCGUGGUGGCAACCUUGGCGAUGCUGGUGGUGCAUCAGAUCGUGUCAUCAACCAGGUCAUGACGGAAAUAGAAGGAAUGGGAAGCAAGAAGAACGUAUUCAUUAUUGGUGCUACUAACAGACCAGACAUCAUCGAUUCAGCCAUCCUUAGGCCCGGUCGUCUAGAUCAACUGAUCUAUAUUCCUUUACCCGAUGAUGCAUCGCGUCUCUCCAUCCUCACGGCUAACCUUCGCAAAUCCCCCGUUGCAAAGGAUGUCAAUCUAGAGUACAUUGCGAAAAUGACGCAUGGAUUCAGUGGUGCUGACUUGACAGAGAUCUGUCAGCGUGCCUGUAAGUUGGCGAUCCGCCAAUGCAUUGAUGCCGAGAUCUCACGUCAGAGGCAACGAAUGGAAAACCCUGAUCUUGAUAUGGAAAUGGAAGAUGACGAUGAUGACCCAGUACCAGAGAUCACCCGUGCUCAUUUCGAGGAAGCCAUGAAGUUUGCGCGACGAUCUGUCACGGAUAACGACAUUCGCAAAUAUGAGAUGUUUGCACAAACUUUACAACAGAGCCGAGGAUUCGGUGGUAGCUUCAGGUUCCCAGAUCAAGGAAACCAAUCACAGGGCCCAGGAGCCGGAGCUGGUUCGAACAACCAGGAUGCAUUCCCAGAGGCAGACAAUGAUGAUGAUCUUUACAACUGAAUAAAAAAAAAAAAAUUGUAUAGUAGUCACAGUUAUUGGAAUGAAUUAAUUAUAGGCGAUAACUCUGUAACAGGAUGAAAUGCAUCCACAAAUGCUGUAUAUGUCUCGUUAUCUACAGUUGUGUUAUUCAUUUCAUUAAAACCAUGCUAACUGGGGCUAGGGAUAAAACUGCAAUUCAACUGAAACUUUAUUAUUAUUUUUGCCUUCUUUUAAAUCAUUUGUUUUCAAAUCUAGCUUAAUCAAUACUCUCAACUCACAUAGUCAAGAGGAAGUUAUGUUUUAGUAGGUACUAUUAUAUAUAAGUUCAACACUUUUUAUAUUAUUAAUAUUUAUCCGAUCCAAAUGAAAGCAUAUUUUUGUUUCUAAUAUAAUUAAUGAAAAUGAUACCAACUUAACAGUUAAAAACAUCAUUUAAUAAAAAUUGUUAGAGAAUUUAAAUUAUGCACAAAAGUGUAGGAUUAUUUAUAUUUCUGUUUUACCGGCCACGUCUGUACGUUAGAUGUGUUGAUUUUUUUAUGCUCUUAAGCCUACAGCUUCACAGAAAUGUACUAAAUACUAACAAUUUGUACCAAGGAUGUUUUCCCUAGCAAAGAUAUUUCGCUUGUGAGAAGGCAUAUCCUUGCUAGAAUACCAACCAUAUCUUGGUAAAAAACAUACCUCAGAAGAGGCCUGUAAAGUUCCAAGAUAUUUAGAAUGGUAUGUAAACAUUAUGGGGCGCAUUAUAUCUUUACAUUGAACGUUGCGCUAUCUGAACCAACAAACUUGUAGCAGGGAUUGUAUUUAGUCAUGUAAAAGAAAGCAAUGUAACUCUUGGUAUGGAAAUAUCAGAACAGAUAUCCCUGUUAAUAUUUAGUACAUUUUCUGUCAUGUAAAUCGGGUAUUAAAGUGUUUAAUUUGUGAGAGGAUUGAAACGGUACAAAUGAUGUUAUAACCAAAAUGGAGAGACCGUAAUACUUACCGUAUACUAACAUGUGCAUAUAUACAGAGCUUUUGAAUGUGGUGUUGUCUUUAAACUGACCCAUUGUAUCAUUUUACCCUCUCCACUUAUAGUGCCAUCUAAUGCCCUGUCCAGACUAUCAAAUUUGAUAAGAACAUGUGACAUGCCCAAAUAUGGUCAUGAUGACAUCACAUCAUAGCCAUAUAUAGGCACAUCAUGACUAAAUAUGGGCAUACAACAGUUUUUUGUCGAUGAAAAUUUGAUAGUGCAAAUAGAUCAUUAGAUAUAAAAUUGAAUUGAAAAUAAUUACUUAAUAAGAUUGUUUAUUUUGUGUAUUCUAGUAGGUUAUCAAGUUAGGAUUCAACAACAGCAGUUUCCUAAUAGAGGCGGAACCUAAGCACCCUGUUGGUGGGGUGUUAGGGGAAAGGUCAAGUUGGGGUCAGAAAUGCUGUGGAUUGGCAUGUAGAUGGUGAAUUCCAUCUUCGUUUUGAUGAUUUUUUAUGCAAAGGGAUUUGGAGGUUUGGUUUGUCAAAUGAGGUUUGCUUGAAAAGUGAUAACCAUAGAACCGCCUCUGGUUCAGCUGAAAAUUAAAUGG